GCCUGCCAUAGUUCAGCAGAAAAUAAGUGAAACUGCGCGGUUAAGCGUGUUUCUCUUUUCUCUGUUUAUGGUACUUUUAUAAAGUGGUUUAUGUCUGCAGUGGUUUAUUUUCAACCAGUGUUUUACAUUUUGAUGUAUUUCUCAGAAAUUCUGCCAACACUCCACAAGAGUUUUCCAGACAUCAUGUCCCUCCUUUAUAUUUCCAUCUUAUGGGUCUGUGCCUGUGUGGACAGUGCAGAAUCUCUGGUUACUGUAUCAGCUCCAGAGGGUUCCACAGUCAUCCUGCCGUGUAAACUGACUGAAGAGUUCAAACCAACAUCAUUUAUUAGGUGGCAGUUCAAUAAAGACACUGUGUUUGAGAGAAGGAGUGAUGUUACAUAUUCAGGUUCAGUAUAUGAAGGACGUGUGGAUGUUCCUGUGGACGAGCUGCAUAAAGGAAACUGUUCCCUGGUGUUGAAGAACGUCAGAUUUACUGAUGACCACAUCUACAAUUCCUUUACAAUGGUACAUGGGUACACUAACGCUGCGGAAAUGAAAAAAAUUACCAGAGUUAAUCUCUCAGUCUAUGCUCUUCAGAAAUCAGCUCCAGUGGGUUCCACAGCUGUCCUGCCGUGUGAUUGGAGAAAUCUGUCCAACAAAACUCCUUACGUUAAGUGGUUUAUCGAUUCUGAGACUGUGUUUGAGCGAAAGGGUAAAGAUUCAUAUGAGGGUGAAGGAUAUGAGGGUCGUGUGGACGUUCCUGAGGACGAGCUGCUUAAAGGAAACUGUUCCCUGGUGAUGAAGAACAUCAGUGUUAGUGAUACAGGAAUCUACAGCAGCUCCAUGUUAAUUACAGACACACAGGAAUCUGUCUUGGUCCAGAAGGUUAAACUGUCAGUUGUUGCUCUUCAGAUAUCAGCUCCAGUGGGUUCCACAGUCAUCCUGCCAUGUAAACUGACUGAGGAGUUCAAACUAACAUCAGUUAUUAAGUGGCAGAUCAAUAAUGAGAUGGUGUUUAAGAGAAACAGUGAUUGUACAUGUACAGGUAAAGAGUAUGAGUGUCGUGUGUACGUACCUGAGGACGAGCUGCGUAAAGGAAACUGUUCUUUGGUGUUGAAGGACAUCAGAUUUACUGAUGGCCAAACCUUUACAGUGGAACAUGCGGACACUAACACUGGGGAAGCAAAAGAAAUUACCAGAGUUAAUCUCUCAGUCUAUGCUCUUCAGAUAUCAGCUCCAGUGGGUUCCACAGUUGUCCUGCCGUGUGAUUGGAGUCAUCUGUCCAUCAAAACUAUUGACGUUGGUUGGUUUAUCGAUUCUGAGACUGUGUUUGAGCGAAAGGGUAAAGAUUCAUAUCAGGGUGAAGGAUAUGAGGGUCGUGUGGACGUUCCUGAGGACGAGCUGCUUAAAGGAAACUGUUCCCUGGUGAUGAAGAACAUCAGUGUUAGUGAUACAGGAAUCUACAGCAGCUCCAUGUUAAUUACAGACACACAGGAACCUGUCUUGGUCCAGAAGGUUAAACUGUCAGUUGUUGAGGACAGUGUUAAUGAGAGAGGAUCUUCAUCAAAGUGUUCAGACUCACACCAGACUGGAGGGAACAACUGGAUUAUUUAAUAUGUUGUGAUUGUAAUCAUCAUCAUCAUCAUCAUCUGUGUGCCUGUGUACUACAGCAGGGUGAAAAGUAAAACUGGUUAAAAUUGUAGGUUUAAUGUCUGAAAGAAUCAGAGAGAUUUUUUUGUGGUAAUUGUGUCUAACACGUGUCUAAAUGUAUUGUCUAAUAUUAUAAUUGAAAUAUUUAUCUUAUGUUUCUGAAAACGAAAAAUCAUCACUUAUCAUCAGGUCUCAGUCACACCACCAACAGGUAUGAAAACAUUCAAAUAAAAUAAAUAUAAUACAAUUUUAACCACUUUUUUCUUGUUAUAAAAAAAAAAAAAAACACCAUUGGAUUUUGGGUGUAGUUCAGGUGAGGAGUUUACAGAAACUUGGCAACCCUCCCUGCCUACUUUGGGUCACUGUCAUUUUAAAUGUGCAUUUUUUUAACUUUAUACUUCUGGUCAUUGUGUGGUACUUUUAUUUAAAUUUCUUGAGGCACUUGCUGCUUCAUCAUCUAAAUCUGAAUCUCUAUACAGGAAGAAAACGUUCAUCAUGACACUGAGCUGUACAACCUAAGGGCCAGAAAAUCCUCUAAGAAAAACACAGAAUUAGUUGUGGACAGUGUGACGUACAGAGCAGUCGACACACAAAUACAGGGUAAAUGACAACACAAGGUGACACUGGGCUCCAAUGUAAAGUACAGCUUGUAUAACAGUAUAAAUUUGCUGUCCCCUCAAAAUAACUCAGCACACAACCAUUGUUGUGAGAAUGGUGGGUAGAAUGGAUAACUUCCUGCUUAUUAGAUUUUUCCUGUCUGCUUCUCUAUGUCUUCUACAGUAUAUUGGUUCUGUUUUUAGUGAAGGUGAGAGUAAUGUCUAAAGGUGUUGUUUUAUUGGGAGAUUAUUCUUUGAUAUAUAUCCAGAGUUUUUAAGUGAAGGUCUCUAAAGGUGUUCUUUAAUUGGGAGUCUAUUCUUUGGUAUAUUUCUGUGUAUUUGUUUUGUGACAGUGUGUAGAAUUGUUGCCUGA